UACGUUUCAAUUCGUCCAUGACGCUAUUAUCCGUCUUAUGAAGCACAAAAAGACUCAGAAUUCCCAAAACAAACGUUUAUAAUCGUAUCACAAACGUUAUUUAAGUGUAAUUGACAUAUAUCUUCAAUAUUCGAAACAUUCCACUCAACUGUUGUUCAUUUUGAGCCAGAAAUUGUGGUCAAUAAAAAAUCCACUUCCUUUUUUUUUCAUUUCUCACACUUUUUUACUACGACGAGUAAAAAUUCAACAGAUGCACUAACAGAAUAUUCAGCAGGAUGAUCGACAAAUUGUUGCUGUUUUUCACUUGUGCACUAUUCAUUCCAUCAAAUUUAUUUGUCAGAUGGUUUGAUUAAAUACGUAUGUUUCACUUAUUACUACUGCCAACUCACUAUAAUUAGCACAAUUGAUGUAAUUUGACCGCAAAAUAAAUUUUCGUUUCAUUUCUGAUGAUAUUUCUUGGUCGUACUGUUUUCCGUUGGCCCCGUGAUGCCAAACUUAUGGUCGUGCAUUAAACACAUUCUGAAUUACUUCUGAAUUGUCGAUAAAUAGAACUACUGAAUGUGUUCGAAUGAUUAUUUUCAAUAAAAAAUGAUGUUAUCAUCAUUGUCAUAUAUUUUUAACAUGUGUUAUUGCUAUUAUAUAAACAUACAAUUCUGGAAAAAAAUCUUUUUGAAAUAAUUCAAACGAGAAUAGUUCUAAUAAAUAUGGCAACACUGAUCGUGUAUGCAUACAGUGUCUAUGUGUUUAAUUUAGUUCUGGUAUUGUACUUUACAAAGGGCCUGAUUCCAGUAUUAUAUCAAUUAUUAUUCACGGGGCCAAUCGAGUUUUCCAUACAGAGUACCAAGUGAAUUAGCAGAAACAGCUAUUUUUUUGUGUUUGCCUAGGCCCUUUGCGAAUAACGCACAUAAGGCAGCAAGCGCUGUCAAUCAACCAAACAACCAAAACAAAAACCUCGUUGUUGUGCUUCGGAUAAGUUCUGUUUACAACGAUGGAAUUAACUCCAGAGGAGUGGCAGCAGCCAAUGGAUUUAUCCGCACGUCGCUCAGAAUAUACACCGCCGUUGUACUCUACGAUUAAGCCAAAAAUCACAGACUCUAAUCGUGAAUCGCGUAAAAAGCGAUGUCCAGUCACUUACACGGAGCCUGCUCUGUUGAAAGCGCUGGAUGAGAUAAAAAACAAAACGAAUUCUAUUUAUUCGGCAGCAAAAAGUUAUGGAAUCCCUCGUACAACCAUCCAGUACCGUUUAAGCGAUGAAUACAAACACAGAGGAACACGAGGACCACAUACGGUAUUUGCAGCCGAAGAAGAAGAGCAAAUAGUAUCGUGGCUGAGGGAUAAAGAAAGCAAAGGUCACCCUAUAACUAUUAGUAGCCUGCAGUUUAAAGUGAAGAGUUUCUUGAAGGCACAUCCAAGAACAACGCCGUUCGUUGAUGAUUUACCAGGAAAAACGUGGAUCAGGUUAUUUCUGAGACGUCAUCCGGAGUUAAGCCUACGAACUCCUGAAUCUGUGACGCUGGCAAGCUCAAGGGUGUCUGAAAAAGAUAUCAGAUUAUGGUUCAGCCGAGUCUACAGCUAUUUAUUGGAUAAUAAUCUGACCGAGAUCCUAAAGGACCCCUCAAGAAUCCUUAACGGGGAUGAGUCCGGCUUCAGUUUGAACCCUGUGCCGAAAAAGGUUAUAGGGUCAACUGGAAAUAAGAAUGUGUCUUUCGUAGAGACGACAUGCAGCAAAACGAACAUCACUGUUAUGUUUUCGUUCGCUGCAGAUGGAAGUGUAAUCCCUCCUGACGUCAUCCUCCCUCAAAAGCGUUUGAGUCGAGAGAUACUCCGUUCGUUUCCUUCGAAUUGGGGCAUAGGAACAUCGGAGAACGGUUGGAUGGACACUAAGAAUUUUACUCUGUAUAUAAAGAAAAUACUGUAUCCUGCUCUGAAGAAAAAAGGGACAAAAUUUCCUGUGAUCUAUUUUGUGGACGGACAUAGCUCACAUACGGCAUUGGAAGCUGCUGAUGUUUGCAACGAGUUAGGAAUAAUUUUGAUAGCGCUUUUCCCUAACGCGACUCGUAUCCUUCAACCUGCUGAUGUGGCCAUAUUUCGGCCACUUAAAAUCAGCUGGGCCAAAACUUUGGAUACUUGGCGUACUAAUCAACCAGGACAAGGCGUUUCACUGACUACUUUCGGACCCCUAUUGGAGAGAGCAAUGAACGAAUCGUUUAAGAAAAGCACGAUUAUCAACGGUUUUUCGACUUGCGGGCUCUUUCCUUACAACCCGAAUGCAAUCGACUAUUCUAAAUGCAUCCCAGGUCACUCGCAGCGCAACCUGGAAAGUCUCACGACGAGCAAUGAUCUUGGAGAAACGGAGGAUCUAAAUGAGUCGUUUUCGAAAAGGAGCAACGUACUCGUUAAGGACAUAAAUGAAACUGCAUUCUCAGCUGGCCACAUUGAUGAUAGUGUUCUAUCAAUGCACUCAGAAUCCAUUCAUAACCCGCACGAGCUUGUUAGCGUAUCCCAAAAUGUCCUUAGCACUGCCCUAGACUUGGUGGGUUUGUCAAAGAUAACUUACCUUAUCGAUCAUGAGGAUGAGUUGGCUCAUGACGAUAGGGCAUUGUUAUAUAUAUAUCGAAACAUAUUAGCAUUGGGCAGUUCAGCAGUCUUCAACGAAACCCCUUCAAAUCUAGUCGAUUUGUGUACAAAUCCAUCGAAACCAGUUGAGCUGUUGACGGAUGUGGUUAUGGUACCGGAUGUUGAUUUCGAGACUUCCAUGUGUACGAGCGAUGCCGGGGGACCGAAAUCUAGCAUAACAAACAUUGAAAACGAAACGCUAUUCUGCAGUGCUAAUGGCAGUGAACUAUCAACCAAUCAGCAGGCUGGGUCUAAACGUGACAAUGUCAACCCAUGGGAGCCCAUUGAUGCGGAAUUGUCCCUUGAACUCGAUGAUAACAAUACAAAUAGUGCCAACUCAUCUCUACUGAAAAAAUUCUUAACUUUGCCUCAAACACCAAAGCGGGAGAAGAAGCACCGUAAUUAUAAAAACAAAAAAUUGUACAGUGUUCUCACUGCCGCAGAGCAACUGGAGGAGUUGAACGGUAUUGAGAAGAUGAAGGAAGAGACCGCAAAGCUAAGGGUGGAAAAGUUGGAGAGACGGAUGAAGAAAAAACUUGAAGCAGAAGAAGAGAAGAAAAUCAGACAGCAACGCAUAAAAUAUCGAAACAUUCAGCGAGAAGCGGAGAAAAUUAAACAAAAUGAAACCAAGCAGAAGAAAGCUGAAGAAAAACAAAUAAAACAAGAGCUUAAACGGAAGCAGAAAGCAGAAAUGGAAGAGAAAAAGAAAAUUAAAAUGCAAUCGAAGAGGCUGAAAACGGAUGCGAUAAAACCUCGUCAGCCUCUUUCGGCUAAAUCUCCUUAUGAAAAUGGGUCUGAUGAAUUGCUGACCAUAGAUCCAACCGAAAACGAUCAAUCUUUUUUUGAGCUUUCGGAGCAGGAAGAACUUGAUGCCAUUCUUGGCUUGGGAUAGGCUACCGUGUUCAGCUCUGUCAAGGAAUGCGUGUCUAACAUUGAGCAUACAAUAUAAAAUUAACAGGAGCAAUGAAAUGAAUUGGAAACAAAAAUUAAAUAUGAAAGAAAAAUGCAGAAAAUUUUUU